GCUUAUUUAUAUACACACAACAAAGGCACCGUUCUAUGAAUGAUUUCACAUUGAGACAAUUUGUAUGGUGAGACUUGAGAGUAGUAGCCAUGGCCAAAAAUGCUAAUGACUUAAUGGACUACUUCUUGGAGAAUGGCCAUGAAAGUAAUGUUGAGGGUAAUUCAAACACAAGUGGUGGUGAUGAUCAUGAUCAUGAUCAUGAUGAUGAUGUUCAUGGUUAUGAUGAUGAUAAAGGUGGAGAUGAUUUUAGUGAACAAAAGUUGGAUUCCUCAUCGUCCUCUUCUCUAUUCUUCUCCCAACAAUGGCCACAGAGUUUCAGGGAAACAAUGGACUCAUUCACAAUUGCUGCACCACCAAACUUGGGCCUUUUGAGGCGUGGAUUGAGCUCCUCAGUUUCACCUUAUGAUAAAAAUAAAAGUUUUUUCAUCUCUGAUGAAAAGACACAAUUUCUCUCAGGAGCUUCUAUUCAUGAAAAACUCCCGGGGGAGCUUCCUCUUAGCCAUGGAUGUAGCUUCAUACAAACGGUAAUAAAUGGGCUCAAUGUGAUCGCUGGAGUUGGGCUUCUUUCUACCCCUUUCACUGUAAAAGAAGCUGGAUGGGCUAGCCUUGUGGUUUUGGUUUUUUUUGCUGUUACUUGUUGCUAUACAGCGUCUCUUAUGAAGCAUUGUUUUGAGAGCAGAGACGGCAUGGCAACUUAUCCUGACAUGGGUGAGGCCGCGUUCGGAAGAUAUGGGCGCAUUAUCACAUCUAUACUUUUGUUUACAGAAUUAUAUUCAUACUGUGUAGAGUUUCUCAUAUUGGAGGGAGAUAAUCUCACAACUUUAUUUCCUGGAGCUUGCUUCAACUGGAAUCGUCUGCAUCUGGAUUCUACACAUUUAUUUGGACUUCUAACUGCUCUGAUAGUUCUACCAACCCUCUUUUUGAGGGAUGUUCGGUUUAUAUCAUAUCUUUCAGCCUGUGGUGUUGUUGCAACUAUAGCCAUUGUAGUUUCUGUAGCAUUACUCAGUGCUGUAGAUGGAAUUGGAACGCCCCAAACAGGUCAAUUGGUGAAUUGGAAUGGCAUCCCAUUUGCUAUUGGUGUGUAUGGUUUUUGUUAUUCCGGACACUCGGUCUUCCCCAAUAUCUACCAAUCAAUGGCAAACAAAAAAGAAUUCACUAAGGCAAUGAUCAUAUGCUUUAUUUUGUGUGUUGCACUAUAUGGGAGUGUGGCCGUAAUGGGAUAUCUGUUGUACGGUCAGAGCACGCUGUCUCAGAUCACUCUGAAUAUGUCGCCUGAUUCUAUUCCUUCAAAGAUUGCUGUGUGGACAACGGUUAUCAACCCUUUCACAAAAUAUGCACUUAUGAUGAAUCCAUUGGCUAGGGCCUUGGAGGAGUUUCUGCCCGAGAGAAUCUCAAGAAGCUUCCUGUGUUUUAUUAUGCUUAGGACACUACUUCUCCUUUCAACUGUUUGUGUUGGAUUUCUUCUUCCUUUCUUUGGCCUUGUGAUGGCUUUAAUCGGCUCUCUUCUCAGUAUAUUAUUGGCGGUUAUAGUUCCGAGCGUAUGUUUUCUGAAGAUCAUGGGUAAGAAAGUUACAAAGACACAGGUAAUCAAGACAACUUCAACUUUGCUUGAGGAUGACUGCACAUAAAUAUUUUUCUGUUGCUAGUCUACAACAUCAUCCAACGUAUUUUUACUGUACUGUAUAAGAUCACAUCACAGCGCCCUGUCCCAUCACCACCCCACAAAUCUGGCGACUCCACCACUGCCCGGCUUCCCCUAGCCCUAAGCAUCAGCACCCCAGCACCCCUCCCCUGCACCGCCCCUGUCCUGUCCCAGCUUCACUCUGAGGUCAGUUCUCCCAAAACCCUACCCAUACCACAACCGCACCUCCACAGAAGCGUUGUCACACUCUGCCAGGAGCGGCGGCGGCAGAUCCCAGUCGCCGUCCACCAAAUCCAUCGAGGACGGCGGAUCGAGCACCGAUGAAGCUCCAUCGCAGAAGACAGAACCUGCGGAGGCAUGGUCACAGAGGAUGAAGCGCAGAUCUCGACCGCGAAUCAAUUUCAGUCGCAGCGAUGGCGUGGAGAAAAUGAACAAUGCGGUUGCAGGUAAGGCAAGCAGCGGCGAAGAAAUAAGAGAAGAAGAAGAGUCGCGGAUGCUACGACGUGACCGGGAGGAGGAUCUGUGACCUCGCAGAGACAUAAUUCUUUUUUAAAUUAAAUGAUCGUUUUUUUGUCCUUUCAUAAAUUGUCAUAUUUUUGUAUCAAAAUCAUGUUUUUGCAUAGACCAGACUUUAUGAGAUUAAAC